AUGCCGAUGCAGUGGACCGACAAGGUGGACCGUGACCUGAUGGUCGCAAUGUUCCUCGCCAACCACACGGGCAACAAAGCGGACUUCAAGAUCACGGUCCCGUGGGCCAAGGUGAUGGAGAACAUGGGCAAGAUGGGCUAUGCCCCGACCAAGGAAUCCGUCUCACAGCGAUGGAGCAAGGUGAUCCUCUGGGACGCCAGAAAGGAGUAUCCCGAGCUCUUCACCGAUGCCAACGCAUCUCCGGCCGGUACGCCGGCCAAGGCGGCCGCAACCAUGCGCAAGCGAGCGCGAAAGGUCAAGACCGAGCAGGUGCUAGAACAGCACGACGGCACCGCCGAGGAGGAGGACUCCGACAACUCCGACGCGGACACCAAGCCGCCGCGAAAGAAGAAGACUGCGACAACAAAGAUCCCCAAGCAGGGGGAUAACGCAGUCUAG